AGCUUAGCUAAUCUGAAAAUCGUUUAUCAUGAAUUAUAACUGCAUCUGAACUGAAGGUUGAGAGUGUGUGUGGGACUGAGUCGGGUGUUGGGUCGAGUAGGAAACUUUAGGGUGGAUAUGAUCUCUUCCUGAGCAUUUGGUAUGCCGAAGCACAAGGGAUAGCGUACUAUCUCUCUCAGUCAAUCAAGAAACAAGGAGACCCAGGAAACACUCUGAAUUUUGAACAAAUUAUUUGCCCAUUGUAUUAUGCCUAGUGACGAGCCCUCCAUGACUGGCAAGUGAUGAAGAGAGCACCACAGAUCCAAGCUAUGGCAUAUAACAUACCACGUCAUUUUUUAUUUUAUUUUUUGUUAUUUAGGCCAAUCAGUGAUGGUCUGACUGUGGAUGUCCAUAUCUACUAGUCCUACAUGGGCUACCAGCCAACCAACUAAAUUCAACUCAUGUCUUCUUGCUCUCAGUUUCUCUCACUCUUCAAAAUUCAAACUGAUUUCAUGGACAAAACAAAUGCAAACUGAAAUCAAUGCCUUCCUUGAUGAAACUAGUAACGGUUGUGGUGGUGAUGGUUUCAUCAAUGGCAAUGAUGAUGUGCACGUGUCAAGCUCGAACGGAUAAUCGUCAUCCUGUCAUUCUGGUGCCUGGAAGUGGUGGCAACCAAUUAGAAGCUAAGCUGAGCAAAGAUUAUUACAAGACAUCGAGUUUAGCUUGCAGAUUCUUAACCCCUGCUCAUCGUUGGUUCAGACUAUGGUUCGAUCUAAAAGUCUUGGUACAACCAUUUACAGAGUGCUUUGCUGAACGUAUGACUCUAUACUAUGACCCUGUCAAGGAUGAUUACCGGAAUGCGCAUGGCGUUGAGACUCGAGUUCCGUAUUUUGGCUCCACUGAGGGCCUUCAGUAUCUCAAUCCCAAUCUCAUCCUCAGGGACAUUACAGCGUACAUGGCACCGCUGGUGGAAUCACUCGAGCGACAAGGCUACGUAGAAGGUCAAGACCUAUUUGGAGCUCCAUAUGAUUUCAGGUAUGGUCUUGCUGGAGAGGGUCGUCCUUCAGCUGUUGGCACUAAAUACCUCCAACAACUGAAGGAGUUAAUAGAGAAAGCAAGCAAAUCUAAUGAUGGAAAACCGGUCAUAAUACUCUCACACAGCUUAGGAGGUCUUUUUGUUCUUCAAUUGCUCAAUAGAAAUCCGGUUUCGUGGCGUCAAAAAUUCGUAAAACAUUUUAUUGCACUGUCAGCUCCGUGGGGUGGAACGGUUCAAGAAAUGCUUACAUUUGCUUCAGGGUACUCACUAGGUGUGCCAUUAGUAAACCCAUUAUUAGUAAGAGCUGAGCAAAGGAGUUCUGAAAGUAAUUUAUGGCUUUUACCUUCUCCUAAACUCUUCGGUCGUAAACUUCCUCUAGUAAUUACACCAAACAAGACUUACACAGCAUCCGACAUGCCACAAUUCCUCGACGAUAUUGGAUUUUCAGAAGGCGUUUUUCCUUAUACGAACCGAAUUCUGCCGUUAACGGAGAGUUUAGUUUCACCCGGCUUGCCAAUAACUUGUGUUGUUGGAACCGGAAUAAAGACUGCCGAGACAUUGUUUUAUGCUAAUAAUAAAGAUGGGUUUGAUAAACAACCUGAGAUUGUGUAUGGAGAUGGAGAUGGAACUGUGAAUCUAUUGAGCUUGCUUCGACUUGAAUCAGAGUGGCCGAAAGAAAAGUCUCUUAAGGUGAUUAGAGUUACUAAUGUCUCUCAUACGGAUGUACUUAAGGAUCCCAUUGCACUUGGCAAAAUAAUGGAUGAAAUUACAAUGAUAAAUUUGAAUGUACUUAGCUCAGUUCUAUAGAAAUUUGAAUAUCAAUUCUCAAAAAUUGUAAACUUUAUGCAACUUCGCAAGUAUAAAAAUUUGUCAAUGUAUCUUGCAAAAAACUUGCCGUUGGCACACGCCAAAUUUUAGAA